UCUGAACGUCACUGUUUUGACAUUUAGUAUUAGGACAUGGUAUUUUACGAAAUCGCGGAGUUUUUUAAUUGAAAGUAAAUAUAAAACGAUGUGAUGUGAACAGGAACAAUAACAAACAAUUAUUAAUUUACUUACUUACCGUCCAGACCAUCCUUCAAGAGACGUGCUUCUGUAUUCAGAUAAUCAUGGAUAACAUAGAUUCAGAAAACAUGGACUCUGAAGAGGAAUUUGCCUUUGAAACUGACCACCUAGCUCUUCGUGGAAACAAAGAUUAUUGUGACCUGCUGAAGUUUAUCGUAAAACUAGAGGCUCAGAAAGUAAAGGCAUUGAAAGAUAUAGAAGAGUUAUCUGAAGCUCAAAACAGAGCUUUGAAUGAUCCAUUGUCUUUCCUGGAGGAAAUGAAAUCUGGCAAUGUGAACUUCCCACCGCGACAAAAUAUUGCCGAAAUACCAAAUAUCGACUGGAGCAGUUAUGGCAUAGACUCUACUUUGGACGGAGAUGACAUGAGGGACACUAAACCAAAUAAAGAUGAUCUUGAUAAUAGCACUAAAGUGAGAGGACGAAAGUUCACAGACAGUAAACCGGAAACAUUCAACCAGCUUUGGUCUUGUGAAGAGCAGAAAAGAUUAGAAGAAUUACUUGAAAUCUAUCCUGAGGAACCUAUAGAGGCAAGACGUUACAAGAAAAUAGCUGAGGCAUUAGGUACUCGGACACCUAUACAAGUCAUGAGCAGAAUACAAAAGUAUUUUGCUAAACUGGCCAAGGCAGGAUUGCCAAUACCAGGUAGAAUUCCAAAAGGUAUUGGGAGAGAAAAGAAUAAAUCUAUAUUUUACAAGAAGUCUACAUUCUUCCCGCAACUACAUGUGCCUGUCACCAUGGAGGAUCCAUAUGACAGUGGAGAGGCCCAUGACAGUGUGGCCACUGUAGAAAUAAAGAACAGUAACAAGUAUAUGUUGGAGUUACUGAAAGCUGCAAGGGAACAAAGGAUAUUAGAUGAAACCGCACCUGUCUAUCAGUCUAAAACUAUGUGUGUUGGAUGCCAGAAAACUGGGUUCUUGGGUGCAAGGUGGACGGAUAAUGCAGGCACAGACUAUUGCACUGACUGUGUGGUGAAGCUGCUGCCAGCUGAGAGACUGAUACCUGUGCGACAACCUGUGUGAUGUAAUAAAGCUCACUAUUUGUUCAUACCACACACACUCAUGACUUGACAAUUAAAAUUCUGUAUCACACUUUUAUAAACAGCAAAGAAUACACUUAUUUAUUUACUACA